UCGGAGAUCAUCACUUAACAGAGAGAGAGAAAAUAAUAAUUUCCCUCGUCAUGUAGAAAGAGAUGUCAUUUGUCAACAUGUGUGGGAUGACAAAAGCGGCGGUCGCAUAAAGCCCGUGACCGCUCCUUCUGGUCGUCCUGUAAGACGGCGGCGGACGGCGGUCUGACUCUGUGAAAGUGUCACCUUUCCACUCAGUGAACGCCGGCAGUGUGAGCAGGAGCCAUGAGCGUGUCCGGGAACGACCCGCAGAGUUUACUGUGUUACCAGAGACCUGAUGAGGAAGUGGUGGUGGACCAGGGAGGAACCAGCUCAGUGAUGAACAUUCACUAUGAGAAAGAGGAGCUGGAAGGACACAGGACUCUGUUUGUGGGGGUUCGGAUGCCGAGGCAGAGCCAUCGGCACCACAAACCCCACGGAUCCCGCCACCGCAAGAAAGAUAAAAGGGCAGGAAGCAUCACGACACAACAGAGCGAGGACAGUGAGGCAGCUGGCAGCAGUCAUGACACGCCGUCCCAGCGGGUCCAGUUCAUCCUGGGCACAGAGGAGGAUGCCGAGCACGUGUCCCAUGAGCUGUUCACCGAGCUGGAUGAGAUCUGUGUGAAGGACGGCAAAGAUGCGGAGUGGAAGGAAACAGCCAGGUGGCUGAAGUUUGAGGAGGAUGUGGAGGACGGUGGAGAGAGGUGGAGCAAGCCUUACGUUGCUACACUUUCCCUGCACAGCUUAUUCGAGCUGCGCAGCUGCAUCAUCAACGGCAGCGUCCUGCUGGACAUGCGAGCCAACUCCAUUGAGGAGAUAGCAGACAUGGUUCUGGAUCACCAGGAGGCCUCGCACGAACUGGAUGACACCGUCAGAGUUAGGGUGCGUGAGGCUCUGCUGAAGAGACACCAUCACCAAAACGAGAAGAAGAAAAACCUGAUUCCAAUGGUACGCUCCAUCACCGAGGGAGCACGCAAACAGUCUGAGCCUCAAGUAGUAGGGUCCGCCACGUCUCCCCAGCCUCCUCUGCCGAUGGAACCAGCCAAGAACGGUGCUGGACAGGACAGCAGUCAAGUGGACCUCAGUAAGGUUGACCUGCACUUUAUGAAGAAGAUCCCAGAGGGCGCCGAGGCCUCAAAUGUGCUGGUCGGUGUUCUGGACUUCCUGGAGAGGCCCAUUGUUGCGUUUGUACGCCUUUCCCCCGCUGUUCUUCUCACUGGACUCACUGAGGUUCCCAUCCCCACCAGAUUCCUCUUUAUCCUUCUGGGCCCUGAUGGAAAAGCUCAGCAGUACCACGAAAUUGGACGUUCGAUGGCGACUAUUAUGACGGAUGAGAUCUUCCACAAUGUAGCGUACAAGGCAAAGGACAGAAGCGACCUGCUAGCAGGGAUAGACGAGUUUCUAGACCAGGUGACUGUCCUGCCACCAGGAGAGUGGGACCCUUCCAUCCGAAUAGAGCCCCCAAAGAACGUCCCCUCUCAGGAGAAGAGGAAAAUGCCUGGAGUUCCCAACGGCACAACCUUGCAGGUCGAAGAACCACAUGCUGAACACCACGGGCCGGAGCUGCAGAGGACAGGAAGGUUGUUCGGCGGCCUCAUACUGGACAUUAAGAGAAAAGCUCCUUUCUAUGUGAGUGACUUCAAGGACGCCAUAAGCCUCCAGUGUGUGGCCUCCUUCCUCUUCCUCUACUGCGCCUGCAUGUCUCCUGUCAUCACUUUUGGAGGACUGCUGGGGGAAGCGACUGAAGGACGUAUUAGCGCCAUAGAGUCGUUAUUUGGUGCAUCGAUGACUGGAGUAGCCUACUCUCUGUUCGCUGGGCAGCCUCUCACCAUUCUGGGCAGCACAGGUCCUGUACUGGUUUUUGAGAAGAUACUCUUCAAAUUCUGCAAGGACUAUGAUCUGUCAUAUUUGUCUCUGCGGGCUUGCAUUGGCCUGUGGACAGCACUGCUGUGUUUUAUGUUAGUGGCCACAGAUGCUAGCUCGCUGGUUUGCUACAUCACUCGGUUCACUGAGGAGGCAUUCGCUGCCCUCAUCUGCCUCAUCUUCAUCUAUGAGGCCUUGGAGAAACUGUUUCACUUGGGGGAACUGUACCCCUUCAAUGUAAAGAGUGACCUGGACAAACUCACUCUGGCAUACUGCAGGUGUUCACAGCCUGAUAACCCCAGUAAUAAAACCUUAGAGCUGUGGAGCGAGAGAAACGUCACAGUCUCGGUUGUAUCCUGGGAAAACCUGACUGUCAAGGAGUGUAUGAGCCUGCAAGGACAGUUUGUUGGGACAGCAUGUGGACACCACGGCCCCUUCACCCCAGAUGUUCUCUUCUGGUCCAUCAUCUUGUUUUUUUCAACAUUCUUCAUGUCGGCCUUCCUCAAGCAAUUUAAGACAAGUCGUUAUUUCCCCACCAAGGUGCGGUCUAUGAUCAGCGACUUUGCAGUGUUUCUUACAAUUGUUGUCAUGGUCCUGCUCGACUUUGCCAUUGGAGUGCCAUCCGAAAAGCUGAAGGUGCCAAGCAAAUUCCAGCCUACCAGAGAUGAUCGAGGUUGGUUGAUCAAUCCAAUCGGGCGCAACCCCUGGUGGACAGCCCUGGUCGCAUCUAUUCCCGCUCUUCUCUGCACCAUCCUCAUCUUCAUGGACCAACAGAUAACUGCUGUCAUCAUCAACCGCAAGGAGCACAAACUACUGAAAGGCUGUGGGUACCAUUUAGACCUGCUGAUGGUGGGGGUGAUGCUGGCUGUGUGCUCCAUCAUGGGAUUGCCUUGGUUCGUGGCAGCCACUGUGCUGUCCAUCUCUCAUGUCAACAGCCUGAAACUGGAGUCGGAGAGCGCAGCUCCGGGAGAGCAGCCGCGCUUCCUGGGCAUCAGAGAGCAGCGGCUGACAGGCCUGAUGAUCUUCCUGCUCAUGGGAUGCUCCGUGUUCAUGACUGGAGCCCUGCAGUUCAUUCCUAUGCCUGUAUUGUACGGAGUUUUUCUUUACAUGGGAGCAUCUUCAUUAAAAGGCAUUCAGUUCUUUGACCGUCUAAAGCUUUUUGGUAUGCCAGCAAAGCACCAGCCAGAUUUCAUCUACCUGAGACACGUCCCUUUGAGAAAGGUGCAUCUGUUCACUGUGACUCAGCUCACCUGUCUGGUGCUACUCUGGGUCAUCAAGACCUCCCCCGCUGCGAUCAUCUUCCCCAUGAUGGUCCUGGCUCUGGUUUUUAUCCGGAAGCUGCUGGACUUGUGCUUCUCGAAACGAGAGCUGAGCUACCUCGAUGACUUGAUGCCUGAGUGGAAGAAGAAAAACCUGGAUGACGCUUCCAAAAAAUUGGAAGAGGAAUCGCAAGAAAUGCUGAGCUUGAAAGGAGAUGAAUCAGCUACUGUUCAGAUUACUAUGGAGGGAAGCAGACUUGUUCAAAAAGCACAUGAUCCCAAGUGUGAUCCCUCUGAUAUUAACAUAUCUGAUGAAAUGUCUAAAACCACUGUGUGGAAAUCCCUCAACUCCAAUCAAAAGGACAUUCGUCCUUUGGCUGCUAAAAAGGAUUGAAGGGAUCACGUUCAUUGAUGAGUGAAGACAUUCAGCUGAGUCACCUUGCUGUAGUUCUGGACGACUGGAGGCCGCAGGUUGACCAAACCAAAACAGCCUCUUCAGAGCUCAUAGAAAAAAAAAAACUACAUCAGCCACAAACAUACAGAGAAAGUCAACUGAGCUGUACACACGUGUACUUGUGUCUGUUUGAGGUUUGUAGAUAUAAAUGAGAUUCAAGUCUUUUUCCCAUACUCUAAAUUUAACUGAUAUACACAAAGCAUCACAAAGGUAAUAUUUUCACACUUAAACUCGUAACAAAACUUGUAAUAUUCUAUUGCUGUAUCCGUCCAGCACAUCACAGCCCAAUAAUGUAAUUUUCCUGAUACAUCUGAGAGGAAGAUGGUGAGACAAACAUAAAAAGACAAGGCCAGGAAAGAAAAGAUGUACAAGGUAAUGACAGAAUGAUACAUACAGUUAGAGACACUAUUAUUUUCACCAUCAAAUGUAAAUCAACAAUAAAAAACACAAAAAGUGCUGAAUUAUAGAUUUCCACUGCAUAAUUUUACAAAAUGCAAUGUUUUAUGCAGCACCCUUUGGAAAUAAAGUGCCAAUUUUGCCUCGGGUUGAUGACAUCGCAAGAGGUACAAGACUGGCAGAAGAGCCAAAUGAACUAUCGUUUUGGUGGGAAAGGUUCAAUAAAAUAGAAAAAAUGAGGAAAGUACAAACAGACUGGGGUCAGUUGCCUUGUGCCUUUCGCGAUGUCACCAGAAGCACAACACAAGAGCCAAAAAUCCCCAAAAAUCUGACCAUAAAACAUUAUUAGUUAAGAAAUUAUAUCUAGAGAUUGAUUGACUGAGUGAUUGAUCAAUCUAUCUUUCUGGUUUGUAGCUUUAAGAGACAAUAAAGAUAGGCAAGAGAGUGAAGAGAUAUGCUUCAGUAUUAUCUAAAUUAUCCCCUUACUAUCAGCGUUUUCAAAAGGGAAACUUUCAGCUUUUAAAGGGGCAGUACUUUGUAUUUUCCAGGCACAUUUUACAGAAAAUCAAGUAUGUAUGAUAACUUCAGAUGCUAUAAAAAUUAUGUAUAUCAGAUACAACUGAAAAGAAAUUUGGGUAACACUUUAUUUGAUGAGGUGUGCAUAAGACUGACCUGACACUGUCAUAAGAUGACAUAACAACACCAGCUGUUUGCUAAUUGCUGCUGGCUAGUCUGAAGGAGCUGAGUGGGGGAGUUGUGGAGGAAAAGUGCUCUAUUAUGUGAAAACGUGUGAGUUUGCAAGCUGCAGCUCAGAAGUGGAGCUAGGUCCACCCAGGCAAAUGGUUGCCAUGGGAGAUUAAAGGAUUUCACAAAUAUCCAUGAGAGAAUCAAAGCAACACUCCAAGUAUGUUUUUGAUGAGGCUGCUAACAUUAUAAAACGAUGCAAAGCUCAAAAAAGUUGAUUUUACGUCAUACUGCCCCUUUGAAAGUAGACAAGGUGUCUGCCUUUGAAUCCAUGAUUAUGAAACAGAGGAAUUUUAUAACUAAGGACUCUCGUUUCUUGUUUCACAGACAUAACCUGUGAAACAAGAAACGAGGCAAAGCCAGUGUUGGAAAGAUACAAAACAAGGAAGCCUUUUCAAUAUAGUGAAGCUCUGCCAUAGAGGUAUCUAAAUAUAUGUUUUUUAUGAUAAUUUGCUUAUUUAAUUAGAUUUUUUCAUAUUGAAUAUUUUAUAAAUUUCUUAUUUUCUUUAGAAUAGCUUGCCUCAGGCAUUUUGGAAGAAAACGUUGCUUUUUAGAGAACGUUUUUGACCAUGUGUGUUAAACUCAGGCCCAUGGGUCAAAUCUGACCCGCCAUAGCUAUUUCUGUGGCUCUCUAGACAUCAGAGGGUCACAGAAACAGAAUUUCGAGAUAAUAGCCAUGUGCUUAAAUGUUAUUUUAUCAGUCCAAUCAAAUCAGUUUUUACUUGUGUAGAGCCAAACUACAUCAAUAUGAAAAGAUGUUAACUAUGAUUUAAUCUUAAGAGGUACAAAUCCAAUACAGAAGAAGCUAUGAUACCUUAACAGUUUUUUAAUAGUUGGCAUUAAAAUACAUUCUGCCACAAUUGGCCCUUUGAGGACAUUCAUGAUCCUGAUGUGACCCAAAAUGAAAAUUAGUUUUACACCCUGACUUAGACAUAAGAAUACACAAAAAAUAAAUAUUAAACAUUCUUUUCCAACAUCAAUCUACGAUGCAAUGUUGUAAAUGUUGGCAAUUUUAAACAGGUGACACAUGAAGGUUCAAGUAACAUGUUUUAUGUUAAAUUAAGUAAAAUGUCUCUGAUUCCUCCACACUGGUACCUGAUGCCAAAUAGAUCAACCAGAAAGUGAGUUUAAACCAGAAAACUUUGAAUCAUUCAGAUUUUACUUAGUCAUGUAGUCCAGCUAAAUUGUGUUUUUCUUGGUUAAAUAUUUGCAGAGUUUCCUCCAAUUAAUGAAAAAGAUUUUAUAUAAAUAUCAGAAUAUAUAAGUUAAAAGUAAUAUUGAAAAGUCAGAGCCCUGUGGAUCUCCCUAACAAACAUUAUUGUUCUCGACAUCAACAGCGUGGAAACUCCUACAUGAACACAACUCAACCGGAAACAUUUUUAAGCCCUAGAACAAUAACUGGAUGACCCCUGGUUGACCUUGAAAUUGAUCUGCUCAAAGUGUGCAGGGCUUUCAUUCACCAUGUGACCCACACUGGAAACAUUCUUCCCAAAUUUGGGAACUCGUUCAACAAAUCACAAUAAUUACUCAAUCCAGCUUUCUUUUAUAGAAAUUGCUACUAAAACAAACUUUGCUCUUUGUUUUCAGCCAAACAAUUCAAAGCCAGAUCAUUCAAUCUGCCAUGAUCACUUCUUUAUUGUUGCCAUUUAAUUGGUAGAUUUUAAAAUGUUUUUAAAUGUUGAAACUGAAAGAUGCCAAAGUUAAAAAGCCACCUACGUGCAACCAAUUCAACUUAUUUUUUAAAUCUCAUCUUUUCUUUUGUUGCCUUUUUAGUAGUGACUAUGAAGAUUGGAGGUUGUUCUGCACAAUGUCUUGUCAUGUAUUUUAUUUUAUUUUCAUUUGAACUCAGACAAGAUUAUGAAUGCAUCAGAAAGGCACUUUAGAUGGAGUCAGGUCCCCUGUUGUUUUUAAAGGUGUGUGAAUUUUUUUAAUGCGCUUUAAGAUAUUUUAGCAAUAAUUUAGUCUUAGUUUUGACCUCAAUUGGCCAAAACUCAGUUUUUGAUUUAUCAAGUACAUUUUUUAUGAGUGCUCUCCCGGUUUUCCUGGUUUUUGGUGUCCUCUUCUUUUUUCCUGUAAGAAGUUAGAUACAAAAAAAAUGAGUUUUUUAGUUGAAAGAGGAAACACCAGCUGCUUUGAGAUAAAAUAGGCCUUUCUGCUUCUGUUGCAUUUAUUUCAGGAUGUCCUGAAACAUUUAAAACUUAGAUAAUACAAUUUGACCUAAAUGCCCAUCUGUUGUUUUAUUGUUAGUUCAUUUAUAUUUGAAAUUUAUUAAUUAACUUUAUUUUAGCCAUGUUCCCCCAAUUUAGCCUAUAUUUUUGGCACCUUAAGAGAAUCAGAUAGAUUAUUGUUGGAAACAAUAAUCUGCAGUAAUACUUAUUUAUGUGUACUUUCUGUAGAUAAAGACAAUAUAUUUACUCUCUUGUGAUAUUCUGAACCAAAUUAUUUUACAAACAAAUACAGCUCUUUAUUUUUAGAUGUGCAAUUAUAUGUUAUUCUUUAUAUUUUAUGUACAUUCUGUAACAAGGAAGAGGAGAGAAAGACUGAGGAAAGCACGUAUCUGUCUAAUGUAGAUCAAAGAUAACAGCUGAGAAAAAUGGAGGAUUCACUUUUCUCUACAGUGCCUUGCAAAACACAAACUUACAUCUUAGGUGACACAGCAACACAAAGCAAUGCAUAAUUAUAUAGUGGAACAAAGAGACAAAUGGUUGCAAUGUUUAUUUUACAAUUCCACGCCUGAGAAGUGAGACUUGUGACUGUAUCCAGCCCUCUUUACGAACUACCUCUAAAGAAAUCAGUGCAUAAUUGCCUUUAGGAGUCAACUAACUAAAUGCCAUAGAUAAGGAUGCCAUCCAUCCAUUCACCCAUUUUCUAACGCCCUUGUCCCUAGUGGGAUCAGGAGGGGAGCUGGUGCCUAUCUGCAGCAAAGGUUUCGGGCGAAAUCCUGGACAGGUUGCCAGUGAAAAGAAAAGGGACUUUUCCUGACCCGAAAUCAAACCUGCAGCAGUGAGAGCGCCGAAUCCUGACCACUAGACCAUCAAGGAUCUUAGAUAAGGAUGCUGUUUUGUGUUUCUCCCAACAUAAUACAGAACAUAGUAAAUGUGUGGAAUAAUGUGUUUGUCUCAGACAAAAUCGAAUCUUUUUGGGACUUUAUGCAAAACUAUGUUUAUGGUGGUUAACUAAAACUUCAUAUCACCUUAAAAACACCACUUACCUGUGUAGUGGAUGGUGGUGGCAGCAUCUUAAUGUGGGGGGUGUUUUUCUUGAGCUGAUGCCAGGAAACUGGUCAGAGUAGAUGGAAAGAUGGGUGUUCUACAAAGACUGACUCCUUGUAGAACAAAUAUUUAUAACACAAAUAUGAUUUUGUGUUAUAUAAACACAAAUUCACAUAACGUUUCCCAGAAUCUUAGUUGUAAACAUGUUGAAAGCCGUGUAUCAUUUAUGUUGGUAUAUCACAUACAGGUCCAACAGAAUAUACUGCAGUUUGUGACUGUUGAGUGAUAACAUGUGAGGCUAUGAAUACUUUUGCAAGGCAAUGUAGAGAGACUUAAAGCAAUCCAGAUGACCUAGACAAAAGACACAAGGUUUUAAUAAAUUAAAGUGGAUAAUAUAAAGAUGAAGGGGUACAUUAUCAAAGAACUGCUGUAUUAAUAUUAAACCUAUUCCAAAAAAUCUCUAAAAUAUAAUGUAUGUCUGCUGACAAUGUGCAAAAUAUAUUUUAAUUAAUAUUAUCCCAUGUGUUAUUUUACAGCCACGCCUUGGAUUCUUCCUUUUUCUUUAAAGCAACGUGCACAAGUAAUUAAUUAAAAUACCUCUUCCAAAAAAGGCACUAACGAGCAUUUUGUACAGCGCUUUCAUGUAACUCUGCUUUGAGUCUGUCAGACUUCUGAAUGUGAAAGGUUAUCAAGCAAUGACCCAAAACUAACUUAAUCAAAAGCAUGAAUUAAACAUCAAAGUGUAAAUAUAUGUACAAAACCGUAGAGUUGUUACCCAAGCUAAAACCAUGAGAUGUGCAAUCAUGUGAAAUCGCAGUUAAACAUUUUGAGUUUAAAGGAUGUAAAUGUGCUUCAAUAGUAGAAUUAUGAGGAAAAAUGCAAUUUCAAUGUGUCUUAAACUUGACUCCUAUUUCAUUAUUAUGUGGAUGUAAGGUGAAUAAACAGUAAACUGCCUUUAGAAUAUUAUUGGUUAACUACAUAUGCAGUCAUGGUAGAAAGAAAGUACACCCUCUGUCGGUUCUAGGGCUUUCGGGUGAAGAUGAGCUGGCCUUUAACAAGUUCUAUAUUUCUUUGAAUCCAAAUGUAAGUUUCCUAAAACACACCAUAAAGAUUCCUCCACAUCACUCUUCAUUAGACAAAGACAACACAGAAAUGAAAAAAAACUGAGAAAUGAAGUAAGUCUUAAAACCCCUGAGAAAUCCUGAGCUGACCUCUGAGCCAAGCAGAGGUCAGAGUUCAACUAAGUUGGAGAAAUAAAAUUUACACGAUAUGUUGAAUAACCAGUUAUUCAACACAUCAUAGCUAACAUUGUUGUUAGCUAUGCAAACAAAAAUGUUAACAGUUAGAAAGCUAUGUUACCAAGUCAUUAUUAAAAACUAAUUUAAUGUUUUUGGGGGAUUGUCUCUGACUGGGUUAAGCAUUUUAUUCUUAUUGCCUGAAUUUAUUUAGUUAUUAAAAAAAAAAAUUGUGUUUUUGAGAGAUUGGUCAUGAAGGAAUACCCCAUAGAGGUUUUUAACAUAACUACAGAUAAUUUUGCACACUAGAUGGCAGCAUAAUGCAUGACUAAAUAUGUUGCUUGUUAUGUGCUAAAUGUGCAUCAUCAGGCAUUAGUGGUAAACAUACCACACAUUGACUGUAUGAUGGUUGAAUAUGGCAAAUUUAAGUUCAACAAAAAGGAACACAGGAAAUGACUGUUUAUCAAUUUACAAUUUAUUUGAAAUUCUCUACAUCUGAAUAACUUUUUAUCAUGCUGUAUCAAGAUGAAAUUGACACACAUAUUUUUAAAUAACCAGUAUUAAAGAUAUCCCUGAUGGUCUGAGUUUCCAUAAAAUAAAAGAAAACUGAUUCAGUCUUUACUUAAGAAAAAAAAAGAAAGCCAAAAUAAAUGCAUAAUCAUAAAAGAGCUACACCUAAUUGGACAGAGUUAUAAAACAUUUUGUUUUGAGUUUGUCAAACAAUAUCACACCAUAAUCUUUACACAAAGACAGGUGUUGAUUUCUCACUUUUUUGUCCUGAAACUAUUAACAUAAUAAAAUUCUCACCCUGUUUUGAUCAUAGUGGCCGGGCAGACUUGCUUUUAGAGCCAGCAGCAUAACCUCUACACAGUCAGUUGCUCUUGGCCCUUUUUGCACCUAGUUGUCAUGGCAAUACUGACUUGUUAAAUAAGGAAGUGAUGGCUGGUUUUAUCAAAUUUGGUCACAACUGUGGAACGUAAAUGAAUAAACCCGUCACGUUGGGUUCCAGCUUCUUAACCCACAUGCAGAACAACACCAGGAGAACAGGAAUCAGAUAAAGUUUAUUUCAACACAAUGAAAAGAUUGGUAGAGUGGAUCUGAUCCUUGGGGCAGGCUCAUGGAGUCGUCUGCACACUAAAGAACAGCAAAGGGAGAUGGUGAGUUUGUGCUUUUCAGAAAUGGGAACUUUGAGAGUUAUUAGACUGAUCUUACUUGACUUGAUUAUUUCCACCAAGAAGAGGGGAAACUGCGGGUUCGUGGUUUUGGUUCCUUUGUGGGUGUCUUUGAGGUGAUCCAGGUUCCAGAGAGUGGGCUCGGCUAGGAGUUUGUUCUGGGUCAUGAUGCGGAGGCUGCGGCGGAGGGCAGACAGGUAAGUUGAGGCAUGGAGGAAAACAGAGGAACAGUCUGACCGCCAGCUGGGAAAUCCAGAAAUGGUUUAUGUUCACGAGGGAGAAAAUCCAGAAAGCCAGAACUAGGGCUUCACAGGGAAUAUUUCACGGCGUCACAAGAAAACACCUGAGACAGAGAGGAAACCAGAGUUGAUUACUAAGCAACUUCUCGGGAAAACACAGAGAGCUUUCUCAGGGAGGCUCAGAGUACCAUUACUGGCAAACACUCACUUCAAACUUCAUUAUUUUGAGCUGGAUCUAAAAACACAUUAAACCAUUUAAAGGCGGUUUACUUUCUACUCACCAUGACUGCACAGACCAAGGGAAAUAACACAUUUAGCUAGACGUGAGUUUAAAUCUAGUUUGAGUACAUCUGUGCUUGUAAUGGAUGUUCUCUGUUGUGUUUACAUUCAAGCAAAAGCACACCUUCAGUCAGUAAUGAAGUACCUGCUUUCAUAAAACAUUUCUCCUUAGUCACAUUUUGGAUUAUCGUAAUCAAACCUUCAUUCACAAUCCUGUAGCCACUAUAGUUUUUGAGCAGAAGAAGAAAAAAUAUCCCUGCACAAUGUAGGGCUAUGACCUUCUGGAGAACAGAAAUGCUGAGUAGGAGGACAAGGUGAGGACAGAGCAAUGAGAAGUCAGAAGAUGCAGUGAAAGAGAAGCACCUGUUCUACAGUGUGUACUUUGAUUUGAGCCACAAUGAGUGUGUUGUCUUCUGCUGGAAUAAUAAUGUUUUUCUAUGUAUCUGUAAUUUAAUUUUUAAUUACAGCAAAAUGGAAAAUAAACUGAAACUGCAA